GAGGCGCAGUCGGCCGCGGAGCUGAAGAAGAGCAAGCGGCGGAGCCUCAAUCAGCUGCUGCGUCGCAGCACCAACAAGAUCACGGGCCACAAGGACCGGAAGGACACCAUCGACAAGGCCAAUAAGGCCGACGACGACGACAACGACGACGAUGGUGAAGAUAAUGAAGGUGAGGCGACGGAUUUGGGCGAUGAGGGCAGCGGCAUCUACGCCAUUCCGGCGUCCAUCUACACGAAGGUGACCAACCGGCGACGUUCGGUCUACCACUACAACCUGGACUCGAUCCGGGAGAUGAUCCAUCAGCACCACCAGCACCAGCACCACACGACGACCAAGUCCGAUGGCGACCACGACCAACCGCAGCCGGCCCUCCCCGAAGAGAACGAAGCGCGCGAUGGCGGAAAGAGCGAAGGAAAGAACGAAGGAAAGAACGAAGACGGAAAGGGGGAGGGGGAGGGUGAUGACGUCAUGCAGGGGAUCGAGCCGCCGGUCAAGAUCGUGUUCACUGCGCCGUCGUCCCCGCCGGUCCCCACGCUCAACCUCAACCAGGACGAGGGCUUCCUGUCGCCCGACGCGCCCAAGGCCACGCCGCUGCUGCCGCCGCCGUGCCACGUCAGCGUCAGCUCGACCGCGACCUCGGCCUUCGCCUCGUCGUCGCCGUCGCCGUCGACCAAGACAGCGACAACGACGACAGAGAGCGAAGCGGCGGCGGCGAGGAAUUGGCGGCGCACGGUGCACGACAAGCGGGACAAGAUGCUGCGGAUGCGGGUGAUGGACAGCAAGUUCGCGGGGCAGGCCAAGAACGUCAAGCGGGCCUUCCUCUGGUGCGAGGAGAACGUCGCGCCGGUCACGCUCGUCAAGGUCGUCAAGGCGCAGGCCUUCGCCAAGCGCUUCCUCGCCCGACGACUGCGCAAGCGUUUGCAGAUUGCGAACGAGCUGUUGGUGACCGAGAAGCACUACGUCGACAUCCUCGAUCUCCUCGUCAAGAGCCCCCACCUUCCCUGCACCGUGCUCGUUGUGUUUUAA